ACUACUAAAUUUAACUAACCGUGUUAAAAUACUUAUCUUAAGAUUUUGACUCUUUUUAAUUAGAUCAUCAUUAAAUGUAUUCAUUCUCUUCUUCUUGCAAAUACCAUAAGCAUUCUGUUUCAGAGAAAACAAAGUAAAAAUGUGUUCCAUUGGUGGUGAAAAUUUAGACAAACCUAGGCCUCAUGCAGUUUGCGUACCAUAUCCAGCCCAAGGCCACAUUAGCCCAAUGCUAAAGUUGGCAAAAAUCCUGCAUCACAGAGGCUUUCAUAUCACCUUUGUAAACACAGAACACAACCAUAAGCGUCUCCUGAAGUCUCGAGGCCCUGAUGCCCUCAAGGGCUUGCCAUCUUUUCGAUUCGAGGCCAUUCCGGAUGGCCUCCCACCAUGUGACCCAGAGGCCACCCAACACAUUCCUUCUCUUUGUGAAUCAACUACCACUACUUGUUUAGAUCCUUUCAAUGAGUUACUUGCAAAGCUCAAAAAUACUGACGUGCCACUUGUCUCGUGCAUCGUUUCUGAUGGUUCAAUGAGCUUCACUCUCUCUGCUGCUCAAAGUUUGGGUAUCCCUCAAGUUUUCUUUUGGACCCCAAGUGCUUGUGGUUUAUUAAGUUACAUGCAUUACCGCGAUCUUGUUGAGAAAGGAUACACACCACUUAAAGAUGAAAGUUACUUGACAAAUGGGUAUUUGGAGACAACUUUGGAUUGGAUACCGGGCAUGAAAGGAAUACGUUUGAGGGAUCUUCCAACUUUCAUUAGAACUACAAAUCCAGAUGAAUAUAUGAUCAAGUUCAUUAUCCAAGAAAUGCAGAGAAGCAAAACGGCUUCAGCUAUUGUUCUUAAUACAUUUGGACCAUUAGAGAGGGAAGUUCUUGAAUCACUCCUGGGCCUUCUUCCACGAAUUUAUUCCAUUGGGCCCUUGCAUCUUCUUAUGGAACACGUUGAUGACAAGAACUUGGAGGACUUGGGAUCGAAUCUAUGGAAAGAAGAAACCAAGUGUAUAGACUGGCUUGAUUCCAAGAAAUCAGAGUCGGUUGUCUAUGUCAAUUUUGGAAGCAUCACUCUCAUGACUCCGGACCAACUUAUGGAAUUCGCCUGGGGACUUGCCAAUAGCCAGAUGGUAUUUUUGUGGAUUAUUAGGCCUGAUAUUAUAUCAGGCGAACAAGCAGUUAUACCACCUGAAUUCCUGGAAGAAACUACAGAAAGAGGGAUGCUAGCAAGUUGGUGUCCACAAGAACAAGUCCUUAGUCACCCUGCUAUUGGAGGUUUCUUGACUCAUUGUGGAUGGAAUUCAACACUUGAAAGCCUUAGUUGUGGGGCGCCAAUGAUUUGUUGGCCAUUCUUCGCAGAACAACAGACAAAUUGUUGGUUCUGUUGUAAGAAAUGGGGAAUUGGAAUGGAGAUUGACAGUAAUGUGAAGAGGGACGAAGUUGAAAAUCUUGUGAGAGAAUUGAUGAUAGGGGAGAAAGGCAAAGAGAUGAGGAAAAAAGCAUCGGAAUGGAAGAAUUUGGCCAAGGAAGCUGGUAAAAAACCAACAGGAUCAUCUUAUGUUAACAUAGAUCAAUUGAUCAAUGAAAUUCUACUCUCCCCCAUACCCAAGCAAUAGUAGUACUAAUCAAUAGCUGGUUGAUUUUCCUUUUUCUGUAUGUUAUACGAUGAAUAAAACAAAAAUGCUCUCUUGUUUCCUCAUAA